CAAAAAGGUGUGCAUGCAUCCCAUCUCUAGUAUCAAUGGGGAAUAGCCAAUCGGUUGAUACUCCCAGACAUGCUUCGCUACCAACUAUAAACUCCCGAGACCAUACCGGAUCGCCUACCAGAAUACCUCGAUCCAUCUCCUCACAUACAUCCUCCAAGUCGUCAUCAACAUUCUCCAAGUUUUCAUCGGUCAGGCGCCUUUCAGCAGAUACCGUUCCAAGCACUACCAUUCACCCUCUACAACAGUCUAGCAAGCAUUUAUCUCCUUAUAACCUUAGUGCUGAAACCAGCCGGAGAACCAGUAGCUCAAGUUCUCGACGCCCAAGUCCCAAUCCAAGUCUCGUUGCCCUGAAUUCGCCAAGCCCGGAACCUGAAAAGUAUGUUUGGGUGGCUGGCAGACGUUUCCACAAUGUGGAAGGCUCAGAAUACUUGUAUCCCUGCGAUGAAGAAGAAAUAGAUAGAUUACAUGUGAUGCAUUUCAUGGUGCGGUUUGCCAUUCAAGGCAACUACUUGGCUCCAGUUAGUGAUUCCCUUCGUAACGGUGCAGCCGUUCUCGAUGUAGCAUGCGGUCCUGGCUCCUGGUCCAUGGAGAUUGCUGGCGAAUAUCCGAAAUCAGAGCUUGUCGGCAUUGAUAUGACCAGCAUGUUUCCAUCCGAAAUUAAACCGCCUAAUUGCCAAUUCAUUCGAGCCAAUAUCACCCAGCCGCUUCCAUUUGACGACGGCUCAUUUGAUUAUGUCUUCAUGAGAUUUGUCAAUAUGGGUAUCGAAGUAGAGCAGUGGGACACUGUCAUUCGGGAAUUGGUUCGAGUGGCUAAGCCUGGAGCGUGGAUUGAGCUCGUAGAAGGCGACGUCGAGCGCUACCGAGUUGGCCCUUGUAUUAAGGAUUUCGAUACUAAGCUCGCCGAAGUUCUGCGCGGGCGUAACCUGGACCCAUUUGCUAGUCGCAAUUUGGAUAAGCUGUUAAUCAAACAUGGUCUCAUCAACGUUAAAAGAACGUUUAUAUCCUCUCCUGCAGGAGAAUGGGCCGGCAAGCUUGGUCAGCUCACUCUGCAGUCCUGGAAGGCAAAUUUUGAAGCCCUAAAGCCACAACUUUGUCUUGCAUGGAACAUUAGCGAAGAGCAAUAUCAAGCACUUACAUCCGCCUGUUUAUCUGAAGCAGAUAUUCACAAAAGCUACGAAAACAUUCAUUUUGCCUAUGGCCAAAAAAAACCUGCCCAACGUGACUAAAGAUACCAACCACCUUUAAAAUUUUGUAUUCACCACCAAGCAAUAUGUCAACACAUUCCAUUGGUAUGACACUUUUUUCCAUUACCCACAUCCCUUUUCUUUCUAGCCUGUCCCAUUACAAUAGUAGUA